AUGAACAAAUAUUUGGAGGUGAAAUUGUUAGCAAAUUGUGGUUUCUCUUUUGAUAUCGUUGAUCCAAUAUUUGACUUGGGUUUAACGGUAGAAGAUGUGAAUACCGUUCAAAGAACUUUGGAUGCUUAUAUCAUGGUAGAAAAAAUUCCAGUACUACAUUUGAGAAAGUUUAAAAUGGACAUAGCAUAUUAUGGAAAGAUUGAAAAUCAUGUUUAUUUCACUAUAGUUGGAUUUGGAGCCUUAUAUCUCUGCAGGAAAAAUCCAAACUUGAUGUAUGAUCUAUACGCAGUUGUUGUGCAUAGCGAAUACACAACUAAUUCAAGGCAUUACUUUGACUAUGUGCGUUCUGAUGAAAAAGCUUGA